AUGAGUGAAGCUAUAGAGGAAAUCAAAGGGUUCCAAGUUGUUCCUUUACUUUUGCAACCUUCAAAACUCUUGAAGAACCAAUCUAUCAAACAUUACAUUUACGUCAAAAAGCAUCAAUCCAAUACAGACAAAGAAUUAGCAGAAAGAUCAUUAUUUUUAAUAAAUCCACCAAUUAAUUCAACUUUAUCAAAUAUUAAAAAUUUUUUCAAAAAAAUUUCACAAUCAAGUAUUAUUGAAAAUUUCUUUCUUAAUGUUGAAAAUUUGGAUUAUGAAAUAAAUUUAACAAAAUUAACAACUGAUUUAUAUGAUCAAGAUGAAAAAAAUUUACAAGAAGGUAUAAAACUACCGAAUGGAACUGGACUAGUUGUAUUUGUGGAUAAAGCUGCUGCCAAUUUAGCCUUUUCCAAAAUAAAGAAAUAUGUCAAGAAUAGUCAUAAAGAUUUAUAUCAAUGGAAUUUUAAUGAAGAUCAACCUGCAUCUAUAAGGUUUACAAAAGCUUAUCAAAACGAUAUUUUACCAGCUGAAGAGACAUCAGAAGCCGUGGCACAAGCAUUAGAGGAUUUUGAAAAACGUGAAGCGGAUUCAAUCAGUCAAUUAGAGGAGAUGAAGACAUUAGUUGAUGAAGAUGGGUUUACUAUGGUUGUUGGUAAGAAUAGAAAGACAAAGAAAGGUAUACUGGGUAAGAUUGAUAGUGUUAAUAAAGUGGUUAAAGAUAAGAAUGAAGUGAAGUCUAAAAAGAAGGAGAAGGAAGAUUUCUAUAGAUUCCAAAUUAGAGAACGUAAGAAGUUGGAAAUGAAUGAAUUAGUUAAGAAAUUUAGACAGGAUCAAGAAAGAAUUAAAGAGUUGAAAGAAAAGAAAAGAUUUAGACCAUAUUAA